GCCAGUCGGCUUCGAUCCGUCAAGCGAUCGUUUAUGGUGUGUUGGUUAGUCUUGCAGUCAAUCCACGCUACGUUCUCGCACCUCUCGCCACGCAGUGAUCGACCAGUUGUCGACGCACACGGAUGUACCUUCUGGCUGAGGAUGCAACUAGUUAGUGCGACGAGCUCGUGAUACACGCUUAUCGAGUACUUGUGUGUGACGCACGUGAUUUCGUCUGCUCGGUAUUAUCGAAUCAAGAAGGGACUGACGAUAUACUCACCUACACAACCACGUUCAAUCUACAGAGAGGAGAGGGAUUUUGUGCAUCCGUUCUUCGCGCUCGUAUGCAUCCUCACCUGCUACCUCACCCGCUUCUUCUCUGCCCAUCUCUCUAAUAAACGCUGACAUCGGCAGCUUUUACGAUCGAUAGGACACACACCGGAUACGUGCGUGCGUGCGUGCGUGUGUGUGGUGUGUUGUGUGUGUGUGUGUGCGCGCGCGGACUUGUCGUCCGUCGAGCAAUCACGCAGCGUGUGCUCUCUCACGCGAGACUCAUCGGGAAGCUGUCGCGAGAAGAGAAAGAGAGAAAAAGAGACAUACACACGGAGAAGAGCCGACCGAAUUGAUCGACUCGGCUGCUAACUGACUCCGGUGAGGUAGUCGUGAUGAAGGCAAUGGUGGUGAGUCCGGUGGGUGGCCGAGUGCCGCCCAAUCGCGGAGUUCUGCAUAACGGCCUGGGGAUCGGCGGUACACGACGCGACCUGGAGGCCGAGGAGGUAGCCGCGUACCUGACGAAGUUGCGUUCGCUGGUGCCGGACAUGCCACGUAAACGGAAGCUGUCGAAAUUGGAGGUGAUUCAGAGGGUGAUCGAGUACAUCUGCGACCUGCAGACCGCCUUGGAGGAGACGAACGCCGCGCAUCAGGACACGAAGACGACAACACAAUCGUCGAGGCAGCCUCUGCAACCGUUGCUGAACGCGGCAGUGACCACCACCAGCAGCGCCUCGACCGCCACGACGACGACGUCCAUCACCGCCGGCGCGACCGUCGCCGAGCGGUGACCUGUCGGCAGGAGCGAACACUGAGGCACAGGUCGCAUGCAAAAGGUCACCCUCCUUCUCGUAGGCUGACCGCGACUCUGCCGGGUUUCGCGACCAUCAUCCUCGAGGAAGGAUGCUCGCGUGACUCCCGGUCGCGCGGACUUGGGAACCACGACGUCGCUGAGUUCUCGCGACGACAGGAGGUGUUGAUUGAUCGCGUCCGAGGGAGAGAGAAACGGGAGCCCGCUCGAUGGUGUGCGCACCCGAAGAGAAAUGACGGUGAUGAGAAGCAGGACGUUGACGAGAGGGAAGCGCGAGACUGCGAUCUCGAGGUUUCUCUUCCUGAGCGCGCGAAAGGAAUUUGUAAAUACACUUGUACAUAGGCUCAUCGCAUUCCUCAUGAGAUCUCUUUCACCGGUUAUACAGACCCGGCACGACCUCCCUUCCUGUUCCACUCUUUCGCUCCUCCCCGUAGACUCUUACCGUUCCAACAUGAAUCGGAUGUCUCAGCGUGAGACCGUAACAUCGUGUCUGUUUCGCGAGAGUUUCGUUCUUUGCGAUAUAGAUGGACUGUAAGAAGAAGAACGCAGCACGACGGAGACUUUCCGAUCGUUUUCCAACGAGCGAUCUUGAAGUGGCGAUCGCGUCUAGGUGAAUUUCCCGCGAUAAAAGCGUCGAUAUGUACGUUAUGUUUGUCAUCGAUCAGUACCUUGAACCGCUCUCGCGGUUUCACGUAGAUGCACCGUGUCGAGAGACGGAGGGAAAGAGCUCUUUCUCUCUCUCUAUCUCAAACGUUUGUUACACUCGAAUCAUUACGGCGCCCCGCCCAACUGGUCGCCGAUCGAUCGCCUUUUCUUGCACGGUCUCUCUUGGAAAACGCUCCGUCGUCGUCGACAGUUGGAGCAAUUUGUAGAUAGCACCGAGAGAAAUUUAUUUCGAGGAAUCGAAAGCAGGUGUAAUAGCGAUGAGCCGAGGCCCAAUGCCGGAGAACGCACGCUCUAGAUUCGCGUUUAUCUUGAAUACUUUAACAAUGAUGCCGGCCGUGGUUCUUGCGUAAAACUCUCCAAUCUUCCUCGGCGACGUGGCAAAUCCAACUCACCGAAAUUACUCAGCUGAUCUUUCGAUUCCCCGCUUAUUUUCUAUUAAGAUUUCACGCUCUACCCGUAUCGCUAGUAUCUUUGAUUAUUGUAUGAUUAUUAUAUCGUUAUUAUAGCCCCUUAUGUUAUAAUUUA